AGCGCUCUGCUCUAUGGCUGUCUGACAAACAACAAAACAGCUGAAAUUGUUAUCAUUUUAGACUAGGUGUUUGGUGUUUGUAUUUACUUAAUACUUAUGUUCGAUGGUAAAGUAAACAUCAAGAUCAUACCAAAAGCAACAUAAUGUCAAACAAAGAGAAGAAUAUUGCAAGAAAAUCAAAGAAUGAAAACUGCUGAAAAAUCAAAUGUUAACCGACCUAGGAAAAUAAACUAAAAAUUGUUGCCAAAUAGUAUAUACUGAAAAGUUAGACCUACUGACGAACGUCUCAAAUGGAAUCUAGUCAACCAAGUGAGAUAACGAAGAGGCCAUUUCAAUGUACCGUGUGCGAAAAGCAGUUCACCCAAAGCAAAGAAUUGACUUCUCACUUCCUAAUCCAUACAGGAGAAAAAAACUACCAAUGUAACGUUUGCAACAAGUCAUUCACAUCUGGGUUGAAACUGCAAAAGCAUUCGGUGGUUCAUUCGGGUAGACGGUUGUUUGAAUGCGUUCUUUGUAAAAAAUCAUUUUGCUUCAGCGCAGUUUUGAAAACGCACCUUUUGACUCAUUUACCUCCGGACAAGAGGCCUUUCCGUUGCGACGUCUGCGGCAAGCAGCUGUCAACUCAGGCGAGCUUGAAGACUCACUCUUUCAUUCACACCGGGGAGCGCCCAUACAAGUGUGACCAUUGCGACCAAGGCUUCACAACCAAGCAAGGAUUGAUCAGUCACAUUGUUACUCACAGCCAGCGGCUGCCAUUUGAAUGCUCAGUGUGCAAUAAAGGCUACAGUACAAGCGAUGGGUUGAAGAUUCACUCAGUGUUGCACACGAAGAAGAAACCGUACAAAUGUGCGACCUGCGCAAAACUGUUUAGUACGGCCGCUAGCCUAAAGAGACACAUCUUGGUGAUUCACGCCGGCGAACGCCCGUUCAAGUGUACGCUGUGCGAGAAAACGUUUAUGCAGAGCGGGGAUUUGAAAAAUCACCUAUUGGGCCACCGAGGGGAAAAACCUCACGCUUGCGGUGUUUGCGGUAAAGCCUUCAUUAAAGUCGGUAACCUGAACGCCCACAUGAUGAUUCACAGUAGCAAACGACCGUACCCGUGUACUGCGUGUCCCAAGUCCUUCUGUCGAAAAGAGUAUCUGGAAAGGCAUAUGUUGAAGAAACAUUGAAACUGAAACUGACUGGAGUGCCAUAACGGUAAGUACAGUAAGCCUACUAUACAAUGGUAGUAGUCUGUGAGCUGAAUAGUUUGUGUUUAAGCCGCGUUUACACUAAGCAACUUGUUUUAUAAACUUGACCUUGUGUUUAUACAACUUUAAUUGUACUUCAAGUUGUAUGUGCCAAAAACAAUUAUCAAACGUGUUUAACAGUAGCUUGCUCGAAAACCUUCAGUCACCUUGAUGCUUCAAGUGACGAGGAUCUGUUCUUGGCAGCUGCUGCUUGUGUUGGGAUUGCCUGUGGUAGAAGGAAAGAGCAAAGCAUUUGUGUACGUCCUUCACUGCAGGUUAGGAUUAAGUACAGUGGCAGUAAAAUGUUAAAGAUUUUGAAUGAGAUGAUAAAUAUUUUGUUGGCUGGGGAAUCGCAAAACAUUAUCAUUGAAAUCUCAUCAUCAUGUCAGCUUCUUACGCAUCCAUAUAUGUUUUUCUUCUGUAUCUUGUUGCAUGUACGUAAUUUCUCAUGUAUUUUUUAUAAACUGGUAGUUUCCGUUGAAAUAAAUAAAUAAAUUGAGGACUAGUUUUACAUUUUUUUUAAGAAUGACAAGUGCAGAGUGUAGGCCUACUUGAUUUUGCUGGUAGGAGAAAGAAUCAAGAAGAAAAACACAUCGUUGAGGGAGGCAAUUCCAGUAUUUCUUCCGCUCCUCUGCCCGACUUGCACUUCCGAUUGAAUUGGCUUAUCAACUUUCUCAUUUACUUUUCACACUUGCAGGCUGGAAUUUCAAACAUAUUAUCCUAUUCAGCCCAAGCGUCAUAUUGUUUGUGUCUACAUUUAUAAUCAUCCAACGGUGCAUCCCACAGAAUGUUUCUGUGUCUAUACUGUUCUAUGAGCUGAAACAUGUCAGCCAGGCACCACUCUAUUGCUGACCUGCUAUCAACAAUUGUCACGUGUUGUCUAGGCUACUGCAGGAAGCGAACUAACUGAUCUAGACUACUAGUAUAGACUAGAGCCCAUAUAGCGGUACCCAUUUUUGGUAAACAAGUUGGACGUUUCCUGUGGACAACAAAAGUUUAUAAAACACAAAUUUCCUUUGAUCUUUUCGACACGGGUCAGGAACGCUACAACUUGUUGUAAAACACAGUUUUUUGUUGUAGCCUACAACACGUUUGUUGUACAACUUGUUUAAUAUUUUUCAUUGCAUUUUUAAACAUGGUCAAACCAAUUACUAUAAUUUGGUUGUACAACAGAAGUUUAUUAAACAAGUUGCACAGUGUAAACGCGGCUUUACUAUCAGCCUAAGAUACUGUGGACUUCCUAAACUCGGCAUGAAGGUUUUAUGAAAUUCUUAUUUAUUAGCUAUUAUUUUAAGUCAAACUACGGCAGACUAAAAAUAUUAUCUGUUUCAGUCCUGAAACGAAUGGUUGCUCAUUAGUUUAUCUUCGGGCGUUCACAAACUUUUUUUGUGUUCCUAAGGCGUUGAAUAGAAAGUGAAGCCUUUGUAUCACUUAUGUAGUCACUUGAGUGUGGACUCAAAAGUUUUUUUAUGUUAAAUUAAUGACAGAGAAUAAUAUCAUGGAAGGUGACACAUAUAAUGUGUAGUGGAUCAGCAAUCAACAGAUAUUAGUUUCCGACUAACUAUUGUGACUGGUGAAAAAAUCACAUGUUUUAGGAAGGUUACUUUGGUAUAUAAGAUUCUUACUUGUAAUAAUUAUGAUGUCACUUACUGUAACAUCGUUCUAGAUAGCUGUGACUGUGAGUUAAAAAAGUGUUUUUUCUGUCUUGGGAUUUUAUUGGUGUUCAUAAAUCAGUUUUCAUUUUGUAGUCUACUUGAGAAAUUUAGGAAUCCUUUGGUUGAGUAGUUUCAUUAACAAAAUACAGUUCCCCUUAAUAGAAGUGUUUAAAAACAAUACAUUUGUGAAUUUCAAUUUCUUUGUUAUGUUUAUCAACUAUGAUUAAGGUUAGGCUACAUACAGCUCGUGACACCUAAGCUGGUACUUGACCAAUCGCUACUAGUAUCUAGUUCAAAAACAUCAUAUGCGGGUUGCGUCAAAUCUGUCCUCGCGACCCUCCUGAAGGCGCUCAGUACGUGAAACACGGGGAGUCAACCCCAUGAGUGGGCAGAAAUGUUUGCAGACCGGUCUUUUCCUUACUUCCACCCACACCCCGCCUACACUACCCACGCUACGCCAAGUGCCAGCUUAUUUGUCAUGAGCUUUACAAAAUUGGAGAUCAGUUAGUAGACUACUAAAGAUGCUUGGGUUUACUAAAGAAGGUCGGGUUGCUGUAAAUUGUGGUGUAAAUGGUUAGCUAUUAACUGCAAAUUGUUAAUUUGGAUGCCCUAAAAAAACCAGUCAUUGAUUUUAGCACAAAAAAAUAUCAUGAAGUGUUAGUGUAUUAAUUAAUUAGACAGGCAUUUUAGUUGCAUAUCACUAAGGAAAAUGUGGUACAACAAGUUGCAAUGAAAUACUGUUACUGACAACUUUGUAAAACACGUAGUAAUAAACGUGUGCCAUCUGAUUGACCAGUUUCAAUUUUAUUUUCUGCACCAUUGCAAGAUUUAACUUGUUAAGUCUUGAAUUUGGGAUUGCUCAAAAAAUUAUUUUGUGGUAAAAUAUGGUGACUUAUCACUAGCUUUUUUAAUUGGUCACAUCUUUCGGUCCAUGUGUAAAAUGAUAGAUUGUUUAAAAGUAUGCUAUCCCUGUCAAAUAUUACACUGGCUUUUAAUAUUACUAAAUGUGAAUCAAGAUUAGGAUGGUCGUACCAUGGUGGAACGUUAGUAUGUCCCACGUAAUGGCCUGAGGCACUGGUAAAUGAAAAGUAGAGAAUACCGUACUCAAACUAGCCAUAUAUUUAGUAUAUGGGGUUAGUAUGGGGUAUAUAUGAGGAUAGUAUUUGGGGUUUAUAGCCUACAUAUUAAGCAACAAAAAAAUCUUUAGCACCUUUGUUGAAUUUUGUGGUUAUUAAAAAAUCCAAAAGUUACCGGUUUAGGUUUGUUAGUCCAGAGACCAUAUAGUCUAGUGAAAUUUGUGUUUUAUAUGCUAUUGCUGUGAUUUAAGGUGUAUUGUCUUAGCUGUUGUCAUAAUCUUGACAUCCUUUGCCUAAGGAGUUUCCUGAAAAAUACGAAGUGUAUCCUAUAUUUUAGUUUUAUAAACAAAAAAUUCAUCACGUUUGCAUAAUUAUGUGAUAACUGUAUGGAAUUAUUCCAUGCUUAGGUUUAAUUUUUUAUUAACAACGCAUAAUGCUGACUUUAACUGCUUAUACAUCACUCAAUUUAAUUACUUAAGUUACCAGUUAGUUUUUGCUAGAGUUCAAACACGAAACACAUGUGAGUUGAUCAUCACAUGAACUGAUAUUGCCAACUAAAGAAGUUACCCUAUAAAGAAUGUGACAUUAUCAAGCCUAGACUUAUAAUUUUGCUCAACUUAAGUACCGGUAUAUAACUUUUAAAAUAAAUAAUUAAUAAAUCAUUUUAAGUACUUAUUUAUUUCAAAUGGCAAUGUUUGUAAGUUUAUGUACUUUUGUAUGCAUCCAACAAAUUGUUUUAAACUUAAUAUGGAAAUGGGGAAAAAACUUUUUUUGUCAAAUUGAGUAACAAAAAUGUUUAAAUGAGUAAAACCAUUAAAACACUAAACAUAACUGGCUAUUUUAUGUUUUAACCUCUUUCAUUACCCUUUUGUGUAUACAUGUGAUCUUAUAGAGUUAUUGUUUGUCCAGUUGAUUGAUUGGAAUAGUUAUAUUCCCAUUAAUAAUUAUGUCACUUGGUUUUAGAAACACUAGGAAUAGGUGACAUUUUAUAGAAAAAUUUUACGAUUUUUAUUUAGUUAGUAUUAUUUCUUGUUUGUUUUAGGGUUUUCACAAUUUUGUAAAGGCAAGUCAUAGAUUUUAAAAGUGAAUCUGCUGUCCAAAGAAUUUGAAAUGUGUAACCAUAAAAAAAUUAAUUCAUAAAACAGAAGUUUUUUUAGAUCAAAGCUUUCCCAGUCAAUUUUACACAUUUAUUCAAAUCCUAUGAAGAAUUUUUUAUAUUUAAUUUUGUUUUCAAAUAACAACGUUUAUUUCAGCCUAAUGACGUUGUUCAUUGACAGUGGCGUAACUAUGGUGGGGAUGAGGGGAAUAGAACCGGGGGGCCCCCCAAGAACCCUAAAAUGAUUUGUAUAAGUAAACUAAUUUUAACUGCAGGCAUGCACGGCAAGCACUAAGCAGAUGUCAGACAGCUGUUAGGUUAAGACUUCUAGAUUAUUAAAUAAGCCAUGUCAUUCUGAAAUGCGUUUUGAUGUUAUUUCGUAAAAUGUUGUGUAUUGUGUGUUAUUAUCCGGUAUGGUGUCAGGGCUGUCGGGAGGGGAGUCUAAAACUUGGAAAAACGGUAGUAAGUUGCGAAUACGCAGUCGGUCGGUACAAGACAAACACGUGUGUUUACCAAUAGUGGUACUUCUUAGUCAAGAAACACUAUCUUCUGUGUUUCUGAAUCCGACCGGCCAGAGACAGCCUCAAUUGGGUUGAUUUUUUUAGUUCUUUUGAAUGUGAUUCUGAAAUGCCUGAAAACGCGAGUUUGGAUUUCUAUUUUUUUUUAUUUUACGAUUACGAAACCCUCUCUUAACUACUGAGGUGUAUUGCAUACUCCCAAACCCCCCGCAUGAGUGCAGAUCUUGAGCUCAUUCAUUCCCCCCGCCCCAAAGCCAUGUUCUAGUUACGCCACUGUUCAUUGAUGUACUGUAUUCAGUAAUAUACCGUAUACCUCGUUUACAAAAAUAUAUUCCCUCCACUUGAUCCUACCUUCAAAAAAAUAGCUCAACAGCUGAGGUUUGCCAAAGUCAGAGGUGGGGAACUUCCCCCUCAAACCGCCUUAAUCUUGUGAACGGACUUCAACAUUAAUGAAUUAACCUGUUAUAAGAAUUGAUGUACUGUACUCACAACUAGUAUCGAAUUAUGCUACUAUGUGUGUGAGAGAUUGGCUAAAUUGUUUGGUAUGAUUUUGACUUGCCUAUAUUUUAUGGUGUGACUUGCCAUGCACUAAUUUCAUGAAAAUUUAUUUUUUUGUACGACUGAUGAUAAUUAUUUGAUGCUGUAUAACAUGUUGACAUUUUAAUAAUUUUGUUUUUGAUUUGUAGCAUUAAUGGAAAUUACUUUUAGGAAUCCGUCAUGUAAAGUUUUAAUUAUAGCCAGUCCAAGACUCAAAUGAAGUUAAACUUUUGAUGUUUUUUACAUUUGAUGAAAUUAUGGUUGUGAUUUUGGGGGAAUUUUGAAGAAAUGUUUAGUGUUAAAUGUUAUGUGUUUGGUAAACUUUGAUUAAUUUUGUCUUUUGGCCUUCUCAUUAAAAU